AUGGAUAACACCAUCCCCCUAACAGAUGCACAAAAGGCGUUGCUAGAGGGGUGCGACAAGGCUGCGGUUGUGAAGCUCGUGGGGGCGCGCAUGUGGUGGCGGCGGAGGAAGUGGGGGAAGGUGGUGCAGGAACUCGAUGCCAAAAAGAAACGUGUGAGGAAGACCCCGUCAUCUAAAACACGGGGAAAGAAGAGGAGAACGAACGUCAUGGAGGCUGGUGACGGGGAUGUUGAAACGAUGGGUAGUGAUGGAGCUGGAACUGGACAAACAGAGCCGGAACGUAAUGCUGGACCCGACCUCAAGGAGAACGAAGCGCAGUCUGUGGGUGCCAGCGGCAACGAGGAUGAGGAUGUGGGUGAUGAGGGCAAAGAGGGAGAUGAGGGGAACGAGGGUGAUGCAGAAUACGUUGAGGAAACUGAGGGGCUUAAGACCACGGAGGCGACACAACAGCGUGACUAUUCUGAUGCUGAAGAAUCCGAAUCGGCGCAGUCCGCGAGCAAGGGCGAGAGCGAUGAGGGACAGGCAAAAACGAAGACCGUCGAACAUGUUCUAUCUAGAGCGCAGAAUGCAACAAAAAGGGGCAACGAUAAACCCCUUGACGUGGAGGGUGAUGACCCGCUGGUCGCCUUGCGCGCAUCCCCCGAGGGGUCACGAAACCCUACCAAGGAGGUGACCGUGUCGCGGGCCGUGUUUGAUAGUCUUAAGCGGGCGCAAGAUGACAACGCUAAGACCGUGGCUCGUCUGGAAGAAAUAUUGCUGAAAGCCUUGGCAAAGAGUCCUGUUGGGUCACAUCGUCGGAAAGCGGAGAAGCAGAGAGAUCCUGGACUCGGGUGUGCCAACCCGAAACGUCGCCGUGUGGAGGCGCGCAGUGACGCUUCCGAAGGCGACGAGGAUGACGAGAGUGAUGAUUCGCGCCGGCACCAUAUGAGGUCAUCGAGGUCGCCUGUGCUGCAGAGCGCACUUGAUCUGCUCCCUGCUGACAAGGCGUGGAAGCGCAUAUGCGACCUAGUGAGGGUCUACCUGUUUCUGAGCAAGCCGUUCGCAACGAUGACGUUUUACCAGAGUAGCGACGACAAAACCGACGGGGUGUGUGCGGUUUUGGACCGUCUGCCCUACAGUUACGCAUGUCUGGCCCUGGCUGCAGACAAGUCACGUCGCGCUGAUUUCAACAAGACGUUGAGCGAGUGGAAGACCCGUGCUGCAGCGCGAGUUAGAGAUAUUGCGCUUCCCAAGCUCGGGUUGUUCCGAGACGAGAGAGAUGCUUCGAGCCCAUGGGCACUGGAGAAGGAGCGCAGCGCAGAGAAGAUUCGGGGACGCAUAGGGCUGGCCGGUGAGGGAGAAGAAACUCUUGCCCUUUCAAACUGGAGCAACGACCGCCAAGGCAUGCCAUUUGCAUCUGCUGCCUUUGUCGCGUGCGCCAAGGCCGCCUUCAAGCCGAAGAAGCCAGGAGUUCCUCUCACGCUGAAUGUGUACCACUUGGCCUGGCUCGAGCACGUGGUCACGGAUGCUGUCAUGUAUUGGGAGGAGCGCAAAGGCCGCCUUUCCAACUCUGCUGGUGGCAACGGCCACGUCGUCAAUAGGCUCAAGGUGCUCGCCAAAGGAGCUGUUGAGAGGGCUAUUGGUGUUUUCAAUCCCGAAUGGGAUGCUGAGCGUCAGGCCUGGAUAUCGGGGCGCCACGGUAUGCUUCUUCGGUUAGUGGUCUCGAAGGGAUGA